AUGACCUACGAUAUCAGUAUGACUCAGGCUUCCCCCGCACAGGACGCUUAUAUCCCCAGGAACGCAAUCGACCACAUGAACCCCUUCUUCCACAAGUCCCACAGUCACUGUCACACUCACUCUCACGCACACAAAGAGUUCCUCCAGACACCCGUCCCCCGUCGGCCCUCGGUCCAGAUCGACGCCUCCGUACGUCCCUCGGCCCCUUCACCAGCCGACUCAACCCUCUCGACAGCAUCGACCGUUGUCUCUUACACAACCCCACCCGCAACCCCACCACUUGCUCAGACACCUACAAAGUCGAUUGCCGAUGCCAUAGCCUGGUGCACAGCCCGAGCCCGUAUCCCCACGCCAGACGGAUCCGAAUACUUUUUGCACAUCUAUGAGAACAUCAAGGACAAGAAGGAGCACCUGGCGUUUGUCUUUGGAGAUGCGAUCCGGAGUCAGAGCCUCGACAGGGUCCAGUGGGACGAGACAGAGUUGGACAGAGUCAAGCGAGGAGCCUACACUGGACGUCUGCGCAACACUGUCUCGGAGAACGAGCAGGCCGCUCAUGAAGCCAACACCCCUUCGGCCUACUCCACAGGAUCGGACGAGCAGCCAGUGUUGCCUUCGUCCCCUCUUGUACGAAUCCACUCGGAGUGUUUUACUGGAGAGAUUGGACACUCGGCUCGUUGCGAUUGCGGUGAGCAGCUCGAUGAGGCGAUCCGUUUGAUGAAGGAGGCCGGAUCGGGAGUUGUUGUUUAUCUUCGUCAAGAGGGUCGUGGUAUUGGUUUGGGCGAGAAGAUCAAGGCGUACAACUUGCAGGAUCUUGGAUACGAUACGGUGAUGGCCAACCUGAUGUUGAACCAUGGAGCAGACGAGCGCACCUACGAAGUUGCACAGGCGAUUCUGGAGGAUCUGGGACUGAACCAGAUCCGUCUCUUGACCAACAAUCCCGACAAGAUCGAGCAGGUCGAGAAGGACAGCGAGAUCAAGGUCGUCGAGCGUGUGCCCAUGAUGCCAAAGUCAUGGGAGGCGAUUGUCCAGGGCACCGAGGCCGACUUUGUUGUCCGCGAGGGUGCUGUUCAGGACAAGAUUGUCAAGGGCAAGGAGCUCGACAAGUACUUGAAGGUCAAAGUUGAGCGUAUGCGACACAUGAUCUCUAUCCCUACCUCCAUGGCAUGA